GGAUCAGAAAACUCUGUACAGCCACCCAGUUUCUGGAAAGAGUGUCAUAAAAAUGGCAGUUCCUGGAUUUAUACUCGGUGCCUUCAUAAUUCUGUUGCGUGUUAGUUCUGUGGCUAAUUAUCCCAAUGGAAGAGUAACACAGUCAUGCCGUGGAAUGAUCCCUGAACAUGGUCAUAGUCCACAGUCUGUUCCUGUUCACAACAUUUCAGUGAGUCAGAAUACAUUCAGACCAGGAGAUCAGAUUGAAGUUACUUUGUCAGGGCAACCAUUUAAAGGCUUUCUCCUAGAAGCUCGUGAUGCUGAGGAUUUGAGUGGUCUUCCUAUUGGCUCCUUCACAUUGAUUGACAGUCAAGUGUCACAACUUUUGACCUGUGAAGACAUACAGGGAUCAGCUGUGAGUCAUACAAGUGCAUCCAAAAAAACAGAAAUUAAAGUCUACUGGAAUGCUCCAAGCAGUGCCCCGAAUCACAUACAGUUUCUGGUCACUGUUGUGGAGAAAUAUAAAAUCUACUGGGUGAAGAUUCCUGGUCCUGUCAUUUCACAGCCAAAUGUACUUCCUUUUACAACACCUAAAGCUACAAUAGUACCUUUGCCAACACUGUCUCCAGUUUCCCACUUAACGAAAUCAUUCAGUGCCUCGGACUGUGGGAACAAGAAGUUCUGUAUUAGAAGUCCUUUGAACUGUGACCCAGAGAAGGAGGCUGCCUGUAUCUUCUUGUCCUUCACAAGAGAUGACCAAUCAGUGAUGGUUGAAAUGAGUGGUCCCAGUAAAGGCUAUUUAUCCUUUGCACUGUCUCAUGACCGAUGGAUGGGUGAUGAUGAUGCUUAUCUGUGUAUUCGUGAAGAUCAGACAGUGCACAUGCAGCCUUCUCGUUUGACAGGGCGAAGUCACCCUGUGAUGGACUCCACGGAUACUCUUGAAGAUAUGGCUUGGAGGUUGGCGGAUGGUAUUAUGCAGUGUUCCUUCAGAAGAAACAUUACCCUUCCUGGGGCUAAGAAUAGAUUUGAUCUAAACACAAGCUACUACAUAUUUCUAGCAGAUGGUGCAGCUAUUGAUGGUCGAAUUUACAAGCACUCUCAGCAACCUUUGAUUACAUACGAAAAACAUGAUGUGACAGACCAUCCAAAGAACGUAGGAGGAUCCCAUUCUCCGCUCCUUCUGAAGGCUCAUGGUGCCUUGAUGUUUGUGGCAUGGAUGACGACUGUUAGCAUAGGUGUACUGGUUGCCAGGUUCUUCAAACCUGUUUGGUCAAGAGCUUUCUUCCUUGGUGAAGCAGUUUGGUUUCAGGUGCAUCGGAUGCUCAUGCUCACUACAUCUGCCCUCACCUGCAUUGCUUUUGUUAUGCCUUUUAUAUACAGAGGAGGCUGGAGUUCGCAUGCAGGUUACCACCCGUAUCUCGGCUGCAUAGUGAUGACUUUAGCAAUUCUUCAGCCUCUUCUGGCAGCCUUCAGGCCACCUUUACAUGACCCAAGAAGACAAAUGUUUAACUGGACUCAUUGGAGUAUAGGAACAGCUGCUAGAAUAAUAGCAGUGGCAGCAAUAUUCCUGGGAAUGGAUUUACCAGGACUGAAUCUUCCUUAUCCAUGGAAAACGUAUGCGAUGAUCGGAUUUGUAGCCUUGCACGUCGGGACUGAGAUUGUUCUGGAGAUACAUGCUUAUCGACUCUCUCGAAAAGUUGAAAUAUUGGAUGAUGUUAGAAUUCAGAUCCUUGAGUCAUUUACUGUAGCUGAAGCAGAGGGUCAUGCAUUUAAAAAGGCAGUCCUGGCAGUUUAUGUAUGUGGGAAUGUGACUUUUCUCAUCAUAUUCUUAUCUGCAAUCAACCAUCAAUGAGCAAGGAGAGACCUUGGGUUUUGUGGGCCAGGUGAUAAUUAUCAUCAAGUCAAAGAAACCUGAAGCCUGUGCUGACUCCCUGGAGCAUAUCUGUGACUUCUAAUUUGGAAGACCAGGGCCAUGUCUACAGAGGAAUUCUGAAGUCUAAUCGUUAGAGAUCAACAUUUAAGAGGGUCUUAGAGAUGAGUAGCUGAUGUCAGACUCUUAUGCUAAUUCUGGACUUUAAAGGGAAGGUUGUACUUGAGGAGAAAAGACUCUUCAAUAUUCCAUGCCAAGAUUUUAAGAAUGUUAGUAUUUAAGAAAAUAAACAAGAACAAUUUGGAAAAACAAAACACAUUACCAGGAUAAAAAGAUUAUAUUACAGUAUACAUAUUUUGGACGACAAAGGUGCUGUGAUACCUUUAAGAAAACAUUUAUUUUUACUAGUUUAUCUGAAUGGUCUUUGGACUUUUUAAAUAGAAACGAGAUUUUUCAGUCCAGUUUCGUACAUGUUCUUUGCUCUGUUUAUUUUGUUACUUCUCUGGUAAAGGUUGAAGUGGGGCUGACACAAUUGUGGGUUUUAUUGACAUUUGAAUGUAUUAUAAAUAUCAUAAUUUCUUUCUUAGAAAUGAAAUGCAAGUAUGUAUCUUCUGAUUAAAGGGCUUCUUUAUAUUUGCA